UGUUAUUCGACAGCUCCCUCUAGUGGAACAGCUAGAAACUUCCUUUCUUGGCACGACGACAUCAGCGGCACCUAGGCAGCAAUAUCUGAUACAACAAGAGUAACGCGUCGCGACUCUCGCUCCUGCUGUCCUGGACUACAGGCGCCUCUCUCCAAGGCUGACUGUAACCCAAUGAGAGCCCAGUAAUGGGUAAGGAGAAGCUCCAUAUCAACAUCGUGGUCAUUGGCCAUGUGGACUCAGGGAAGUCCACCACCACUGGCCACCUCAUUUACAAGUGUGGAGGCAUCGACAAGAGGACCAUUGAAAAGUUUGAGAAGGAAGCUGCUGAGAUGGGAAAAGGCUCCUUUAAGUACGCUUGGGUCCUUGACAAGCUCAAAGCUGAGAGAGAGCGAGGGAUCACCAUCGACAUCUCCCUGUGGAAGUUUGAGACCAGCAAGUACUAUGUCACCAUCAUUGAUGCUCCAGGACACAGAGACUUUAUUAAGAACAUGAUCACUGGCACCUCACAGGCAGACUGUGCUGUGUUGAUUGUGGCGGCUGGCGUUGGUGAAUUUGAGGCUGGUAUCUCAAAGAACGGGCAAACACGUGAGCAUGCCUUGCUGGCAUACACCCUGGGUGUCAAACAACUGAUCGUGGGCAUCAACAAGAUGGACUCUACGGAACCCAAUUACAGCCAGAAGCGCUAUGAGGAGAUUGUGAAAGAAGUCAGCACUUAUAUCAAGAAAAUCGGCUACAACCCCGAUACUGUGGCAUUUGUGCCAAUCUCCGGAUGGAAUGGGGAUAACAUGCUGGAGGCCAGCCCAAAUAUGACCUGGUUCAAGGGCUGGAAGAUCACUCGUAAGGAUGGGAGUGCCUCUGGAACGACUCUAUUGGAGGCUCUGGAUGCCAUUCAGCCUCCAACCCGCCCCACUGACAAACCCCUCCGACUCCCACUGCAGGAUGUGUACAAAAUAGGAGGAAUUGGUACUGUGCCUGUGGGACGUGUAGAGACAGGCAUUCUGAAACCUGGUCUAGUUGUGACAUUUGCACCUGUGAACGUGACCACUGAGGUGAAAUCUGUGGAGAUGCAUCACGAGGCUCUAUCUGAAGCUCUUCCAGGGGAUAAUGUGGGAUUUAACGUGAAGAAUGUCUCAGUCAAAGAUAUCCGACGUGGGAACGUUGCAGGUGACAGCAAGAACGAUCCUCCACAGGAGGCGGCGAGUUUCACGGCUCAGGUGAUCAUUCUGAACCAUCCAGGUCAGAUCAGUGCUGGUUAUGCCCCAGUGCUGGACUGCCACACUGCUCAUAUUGCCUGUAAGUUUGCCGAGUUAAAGGAAAAGAUUGACCGUCGCUCUGGGAAGAAGCUAGAAGACAAUCCCAAGUCCCUGAAGUCUGGGGAUGCUGCUAUUGUAGAUAUGAUACCAGGCAAACCCAUGUGUGUGGAGAGUUUCUCUGAGUAUCCUCCUCUUGGUCGCUUUGCAGUGCGUGACAUGCGUCAGACCGUAGCAGUGGGCGUCAUCAAGGGUGUUGAGAAGAAGACCCCUACCUCUGGGAAGGUCACAAAAUCUGCCCAAAAGGCCCAGAAGAACAAAUGAAUGUUGUGCUGGGCUGCGAACACUUGGGUCAGCCACACCAUCCCUCCUCUUUUCAACUCCAUAAACAAAGCUUGGUUAUUUAUCAAAAUGCAUCGCAAAAGCAGAAGAAGGAAAAGUAAAACUUGCGCCUGCUUGACAAUGAUUACAAUAGUGAAGUAUGUUUAUGUUUAUUCAUGUUUAUUUUGAAAUUUAAGUCUUUGUUGUGGUAUUUGUUCUAUUGUUAAAUUGUUAUAAGCACUUUAAGAAGAUCUGCCUCUAGUGGGAGUGUGGAGUAAGCUUUGUUUAUCCUGUAUCCCAGCUUGUGUGCAAUCCCUAAACCCUCUUGCUAACAUUGCUUAUGUGACCUUGCUUACAGUAUUAGCUAACUGUUCCAGCUUCUAGUCCAAUAGGUAGAACAUUCUUUGUUAGUCUGUUCUGAUUUGAUGUGUCGUGAUGUAGCUUUAAGUCUUUUUUUUGUGUGCAUAGAUUUUUUCUGUGCGCAUGAAAAUAAAGUAGCUAGCGCACUUUACUCUCUACCCCGACAGCACUCUGAACAAGCAUGAGCUAUCUUGUUUGCACUUGCACUCGUGUACUUUAACGAGAAUAUUAUUCUCCAUUAUCUAAUGUAUGUCGGUUCAUAACCAACAAUAAAAUACAUUUGAACUCUGA